AUGGCUGUGCAGCAAGGUUUGCUGAACCAAGAGGUGUUGAGUAAUGCCGGCCAGCUCACCAGGUGGCUUGAAAACCAACCCGAAGAAUCGCAAAAAGAGCUUGCUGCGUCAGCGUUUGAGAGCCUCUACUCUGACGCUGCGCAACCCAAGUCCGUCUCAGGCAAUGCGUGCGUGAGGCUCUGCGGGCUCGUUGAGCAGUCCUCCAAGUCUGCGUCUCCGGCUCUGCGCGACUGGGCCUUUUCAUACGAUGUUGUUCUUAAGCUCUUCAACUUUUACAUUGACUGGAACGAGUACGACCACCACCGGUCCAUGCGUCUCGUCCUCGACCUCAUCGCCGUACUGCUCCGCAAGAACCCAGACCAGCACGCCGCAGCGGGCACCAAAGAUGCACUCCUGGGGGAUCUCGUAUCUGUUGUUUCGGGAUGUUCGGUGAAGCCUGUGGCAAAAUCUGCCAUCAAGACGCUGGACCACUUCCUCGGCAAGCACGUGUUUACACUAGACGACAUCCGCGUGAGCUAUGUGAGUUAUAGGAGCGAUUCCAAGGGCCGGCCGCCGGUUGAGGUCUGGGGAAUGUUUAUCGGGGAUUUGUUCGACUGGAUGUGCCUGCACUUUGUGUGCCCGGCGGCAGGCAAAUUGGUCGUAACCCUGUACAGGAUGCUGCGUCAAGGGCGUGGUGGCCCGGAGCAGAUUCCAACCAUCGACCUCUGGUACUCGUGGCUGCUCAUGUUUGUCAGGAAGGAGCCGACUCUUGUCGAGCGCAUCAAGAACUACGUGUUUCUACCUUUGUUCAAGAUUGACAGAAAAGAAGCCCUACUGUUCCUGCAAAAGAUGAACAAUGACCAGCCCGUAUCGGCAUCCGAGAAGCUAAGCGUUGACAUACCGGCCCUGAUCCAGCUUGCGGCUCUUGAGACGGGCAAAAGAGUUGGACUUGUCGAGGAACCAGACCUCGACGCCAACGGCCAAAGUGAAAGCGACAGCACCUGCAUCGUUUUGCAAGAAGAAGUCCUUGAGAGUGUUCUCGGCCACCCCUCCCACGAAGUUCGCUCGCUGGCCUUUUCGAUACUCAUCGCAUCGCCCUCCACCACAAAGCCCUACUCCCCAAAGGCGGUCCAGCUUCUCCAGAAGCAUCUCGGCGCCUUCUUCGCCGACCCGGACGCCAAGUUCCGCGUCGACGUGUCGGCGCGCGCAAGAGACAUGUUCAAGCGCGUUCGAGGUGCCAUUUUCGUGCUGAAGCGUAGCAUACCACGCGUGCGCGCCAAAACGGCCAAGGAAAAGAAACCAGUCGCUGCGAGCGACGUCCCCGCGACGGCCGUGUACAAGGCGAACCUCAUUGCCCUACCGGAAGAUGGCCUGGUGCAGUGUCUGGCGUACCAUGAAGAAUUCUUCAGGUGGUAUCUGGAGUUUUUGUGCGAGGAGCUAGUCCCGACAGCAUCUUACCAGCGCCACAUUGCAUCGCUCAAGGCUCUCGGCCAUAUUCUUCGCAUCGAAGGCGAGAAGAACAAAACGUGGGAGACGGUAGACGACCAGACACUGUUCUUUGACGUGUUUGACGACAAAUGGGUUCGCGCGCUGUUUGAUCUCCUCAUGGACCCAUUUGACGACGUGCGCGAAGUCGCCUCGACGGUGCUCAAGUCCGUCUUUGCGGAUGCGCGAUACCGCAAGUUCUCCCUGCUCGCCGCCGCAGACUGCGACGACGCGCAAGACCCCGCAACAGAGCUGCGCGAGCUGUCCCGGCGCGCGAACCACCUCGCGAGAAGAACAGCGCGCGCCGACCACGCAGACGGCGUUGCGCGCGUCAACCAGCUGCUGUACCGGUUCCUCGCCACGCCGACCGAGCGUCUUGCGCUGCUGUCGGGCAUGAUUGAGGAGCUGGAGAGUAAGAUUGCCCAGGCAGAGUCGGACCUCGGCCACGCGGUUCUCGAAGCACCCGUGCACGGCGACUUUGCCUCGCUAUGCAGCAUGUGGCAAGUUGUCUCUGAGCUGCCGCUCGCCGAAGAAGACUUGCAUGCGGUUGGGAUACUACAGGUGCGGCUGCUCGAGUGCUGCCAGCGCGCAUGGGCCUCGGUGAGAUAUAUUCUCUGCGACGACUCGCCCGAGGGACACCUGCCGUCGGAGCUGGAAGAGCUCGAGGGGCUCGAUACCAAGGGUCUCAUCAGCUACAGCUUUCGCUCCAUCCACGAGUCGAGCAACUUGAUGCGCAUCAUGAUCCUGGCCAUACGCAACAAAUCACGCAAGGGCGCCGUCACGCCCAGCAAAGAGGUGUAUCUUGGCAUUGGCAGACUGACAUUUGAGCAGCUGUCUAGUCUCCGACAUCGCGGCGCCUUUACAAACGUCUCUGCCACCUUUGUUGCCUGUUGUCAACAGAGCAAGCACUUGGAACAGGCAGAUGGCGACGAAAAUAUUCUGCUCACUUGGUACAACGGCGCCAUGGACUCCAUCAACUCCCAAGUUUCCACCACGCGUCGCUCUGCCGGCAUUCCGUCCCUCAUCACGGGCAUCCUGUCCGCCAACGCGGCCAACCCGUCCUUCGAAUCCAUCAUGGACACCCUCAUGCACAUUGCCAGCACCGAAGCCCAAGUGACGGAGAUAGACGAAACGCAGCUGCUGCAAGUGCACGCCUACAACUGCCUCAAGGACAUUUUCAAAAACUCGCUCCUCACCUCUCUCGGCAACAAGUCGGAGGCCUAUCUGCCGCAGUGCCUCGAGCUGGCUGCCAGCGGCCUGCGCUCCGAGGUCUGGGCCAUUCGAAACUGCGGCCUCAUUUUUCUCCGAAGUCUGAUAGACUGCCUGUUCGGCUCGCACGAGAGCAAGCAGAUGAUUGAGGCCGGCUGGGACGGACGAGCGAACCGCAUCCCGUACCAUCGAUACCCGAACCUGCCCGAGGUGCUGCGCGACCUGCUCAAGUCUGGGCACAGCGUCAUGGCCACCACGUCGACCCUGUCGGCCGCGGCGGCAGAGUCGGUGUUCCCCGCGCUGGACAUUAUUCGCCGAGCGGGACCGCCAGCGCUACUGCGCGACGAGAUCCAGGGCGAUGUCGCGCACUACCUCUCCAGCAGCGUCUGGCAUGUGCGAGAGAUGGCCGCCAGGACGCUGUGCUCGUGCCUGCUGCAUGAUAAGUGGCUGGGAAUGAUAAAGCAGAUAUACAGCGAGACACAGCGUGCGACUGGUGGCGCGCGUCGGAAUUAUGUUCAUGGAGUCUUUUUGACGCUCAAGUUUGUGUUUGAAAGACUAAAUGAGGUGUCUCUCGACCAACUGAAAGCCGAUCUACCGGAGCUCGUCGACUUUCUAUCAGAAUGUAACGUGGUGACCGACUAUGCGAAUUGUCCAGAUGUUGUUGCGGCAUAUCUGGAAGUCCUCAACCAAACAUGGGCCCUGCAGCUUGCCGAGGGCCUUCCCCUGCAACCAGAUACACCCCAGCUCCCGGAAAAGUCAAGCCUGGCCCUCUUCAAGUCGCAAAAAGUCAUCAACGACAUCUUUCUAGCAUACCAGGCUGCGAACCCCGUCAGCGCCCUGCGCGACAUCAUAUUCAGCCCGCACAUUGGUGUAAACACUCUUGUCACUGCUCUGGAAACGAUACCCAAGCUCUGGAAUCCUGUUAGCGCAACUGAGCAAACGCUUCUGUUCCUCUGCUCGCUGUACAUUGACACGGCGCUUCGCUCGACGUAUCUGGAAGCGCAGACCGUGGCCGUCGAGAACCUGGCCGACGUGCUCGACGCGCUCCUUCAAGAGGGCAAGACACAGAAGCUGCCGAUUGACGAGCUCGCCAGCCUGUGGGCUUGUCUACCCCUGGGGCCCAUGAACCCGGCACUCGCCAACGCCGUCAUCCGCGCGGGCGGUGGCAUCGUUGCGGCGCUGCACGUUGCAGGCAGGCUUACACCAGAGGGCCUGAAUAGCUGGGCGGUGCUGAUGGCUGAUGCUGGCCUAGAUGACAAGAUCUUUGACACACGACUCGCCGCUGCAGAGUCAUUCUGCUCCUUCUUCACCGUCAUCGGCCGCGACUGCACAGCACCAGCCUUUCUCCCGGUGCUCCUUGCGCUUUACGACACGCUCAACGACGACGACGAAGAGGUCCGCGACCUGGGCUCCGACGCCUUCAAGCACGUCGCGGGCGUCUCGCUCGUGCCCAUCGAGGCCGCGGGCCGGCUCCUCCAGUGGCUCGCCGCGACGUUUGGCCCGCUGCCGCGGUUCCGCGCCGUCGUCGCCCGCCGCAUCGUCGGGGCCUGGGAGCCGCCCGCGGCGGAGCAGCUCGCCGCGGCGCUGCAGUUUGACGACUCGCUGUUCGCGGUGGAGGAGCAGAACUUGUUUGUCGACGAGGUGCGGGAGACGAGGCGCUGGGUGGCCGUGUUUGACAGCCUGCCGCGGGCGGCAGCGGCAGGAAGCGAUGCCGCCGCUGCUGCGCUGGCGCCUCUCGGGAGCUGGGUGCGGGGUGGCGUCGACGAGCUGACGGAACUUGCGCAAGGGCAGGAGGAUGGGCCGCUGGGCUGGGCCUCGGACGCGCACGCUUUUGCGAUUGCGACGCGGAUCGUGCAUGGGUACCUGGUGCUGGCCAAGAGCGGCUCCGCGGGCGAGGACUUGACGGCCCGGGUCGAGAGGCUGAAGCAGGCAGCUCUGAGGAAGGACAAUAAUGUUUCACGAUUGCUCAUGGAUGCACUGAAUUAG